AAAGGGAUAACACGACUCACUCGCAGACACAACAGAAUUGAGAAGCGAAAAACGCGAAGAAGAGAAAGAAGAGGCUCAAGUUCAACAUCUUCUAUGGCGACGCCGGAUUCCGACGCUACGUCUCAGCCUCAAGAUUCCGAUUCCGUUUCCAAUUCUAAUCCUCCCAACGCCCUUGUCCCCGCCGCUCCCGCCGUUUGCCUCCUCCGCUUCGCCACCGACUCUGCCGGCGGCGCUCUCAUGGGCUCCGUCUUCGGAUACGGUGCUGGAUUGUUUAAGAAGAAAGGUUUCAAAGGAUCCUUUGUAGAAGCGGGAUCUUAUGCAAAGACAUUUGCAGUUUUGUCCGGAGUUCAUAGUUUGGUUGUUUGCAUCUUGAAACGACUUAGAGGAAAGGAUGAUGUCAUUAAUGCGGGGGUGGCUGGAUGUUGCACUGGCCUUGCUCUAAGUUUUCCAGGUGCACCACAAGCUCUUUUGCAAAGCUGCCUCACUUUUGGGGCAUUUUCUUUUAUUAUGGAAGGGCUAAACAAGCAGCAGCCAGCACUUGCACUUCCCAUGUCUUGGAAAACAACUGUGCAACACAAUGCACGUCCUCCCUUGGCGCUCCCCCUUCAACUCCCUCUCCCAGAGGAACUAAAAGAAGCCUUCUCCUUUUUCUCCGAAUCUUUGAAGAAGCGCAGCAAGGGGUCUCGUCCAACAUCUCAAUAAGAAGUUGGGGUAUAUCAUGAUUUUCUAGCAUCAUGUAGAUAAGAUGUGCACCCUUCUUUGCCCCCCUUUUUUUAGAUUCCUUGUAGCUUUUAUCAACAUUUCUUUUUGAAGAACUUAAGGGUGACAACAAAUUGUCCAAGAACAUGGAUUGUUUUCAUGUAACUGAGUUGCAACAUGACAUCGUAAUUCUAUCAUGUUCUAUCUUGGUGGUUUCUUGA